AUAAAACAAACAUUCAUCAGUGACUUCUUCCCAUGUUUUUGCAGGUUUCUAAUACUUUAUUUCGGUCUCUAAUUUGAAAAUAAUACUCUUCUAAAGAAGACUCUCUACAACUAAAAUAAAUUCAACCAGACUUUAAAAUGGAAGAGGAAUCGCCAAAACCUGUGUGCCUGAUAAUAUUAGGCAUGGCUGGCGCGGGAAAAACUUCGUUCACAAGGCGUUUGGCUGGUAAAAUCACAAAUGGUUCGAAACCUUACCUAAUAAACCUUGACCCAGCAUGUCGAGAAGUUCCUUACCCGGCAAACAUAGAUGUAAGAGAUACAGUAAACUAUAAAGAAGUAAUGAAACAGUAUGGCCUUGGACCAAAUGGAGGAAUAGUAACAGCAUUAAACCUUUUCUCAACAAAGUUUGGACAAGUUGUUGACCUCAUUGAGAAGGCGGGAAAGAAACAUAAAUAUUGCAUUAUUGAUACACCAGGUCAAAUAGAAGUUUUCACAUGGUCAGCAUCUGGAACAAUAGUGACAGAAACGCUGGCUGCAUCAUGUCCAACUAUAGUAGUUUAUGUCAUGGACACAGUGCGUAGCGUAUCACCAGUCACAUUCAUGUCCAAUAUGCUGUAUGCCUGCUCCAUACUCUACAAGACUCGCCUGCCCUUCAUUGUUGUUAUGAACAAGACAGACGUAGUAGAUAACAGUUAUGCUGUGGAAUGGAUGAGGGACUUUGAGGCCUUCCAAGAGGCCUUAGACGCGGAGGGGGAUGGCGAUGGGGAAGGCAGUACCUACGUCGGUAACCUGACAAGGUCGAUGGCCCUGGCACUCGAUACAUUCUACGCGGAUUUAAGAAGCUGUGGAGUUAGUGCACACACUGGGGAGGGUAUUGAUGAAUUUUUCAAACUAGUAGAUGAUGCAGCUGAAGAAUAUGAAAAAGACUACAAAGCUGAUUGGUUAAGGAUGCGCGCAGAAAAGUUAGAAGAACAGAAAAGGAAAGAGGAAGAGUUAAAAAAAGGAGACAAAAGCGAUCCCGACACGGUGAUAGACAAAAAAAAGCUGAUAGAUGAAGUGGCGGGCGGUCGGGAGCUGAGCGACAUGUACCUAAAGCAUCCCGCCAACGAAAGCUCUAGUGACGACGAGGGCACCGAGGCAGAGCCGCAGGAUAUAGAUGAUAAGCCAGAAGAUGUCGCCGCAUUCCAAGAGUUCAUAAGAAAACAUGUGAAACCCAAUAGCGCUGAACCAAAAACUUGAGUAAAUAAAUGGUUAUUUUUUUAA